UCUGCGGUGGUCUAAAUUUAUUUCUUGGAACCUUACUUUUUAUCUGUUUUUGUGUAAUCAUUGAGAUAAUCAGUUGAUUGAACGGCAUUGUAGCUUACUCACUUGUAUGUAAUAAAUACCUAAAUCGUCCUAACCCAAAUAUAAAUCAAAUGGUGUUUAAAAGGAAAAAAUUAUAUCUAAUUAUGUGUGCAGCAAGAUGUACACCCAUUUUACAAUGUGACUCCUAAGCUAGAAAGUCUCUAUAUUUAUUUUAAAAUGCUGUACAAAAAUGUGUACUCGAAACCAAACUACCAAGAUGUUAAGCAAAUUAAAUCAGACAUGAUCCUCUAUUGGGUUUUGGCUGGUUUGAGGUUUUUCUUAACCCUUCUGCCACAACGAGGGUAUAUCCAUCCUGAUGAAUAUUUUCAAUCAAUAGAAGUUGUAGCAGGGGAUUAUUUCGAUAUAGAUGUAUACAAACCUUGGGAAUUCAAUACUACAUUUCCUGUACGAUCUGCUAUAUUUCCAUACAUGACUGUUGGAAUUUCAUAUUCCAUUCUCUGUAGACUAUCGUCGAUAUCUAGUUACAUAUUUGGGAGUACCUUGAGAUCUCCAUAUUUUCUUAUUGUAUUACCUCGGCUAUUAAUAUGUAGCCUCUCGUUUAUCACAGAUUAUUGCUUGUAUAAAAUUUGUUGCAUUUAUGGUCAAAACCAUAGAGUUAGACUCAUUGUGUAUGCGAGUUCUUAUGUCACUCUUGUUUACGCUACACGAACAUUUUCCAAUAGCAUCGAAUUAAUACUAACGUCUCUUUUGCUCUACGUCGUUUCUGGAUGUAUGGCUUAUUCAGGAAAGGUUGUACGUAGAAGUGAUUACUUGUCCGAACGCUACCGAAAAGCAUUAAGUAUUGUGGAAAGAGUAAAAUACUAUAAACUUCGAGCCUCUCUUCCUUCGCAUUCGUUAAAUCAUUGCUUCCUUCUUGCAGCAAUAACUGUGACUGGUAUUUUCAAUCGACCGACAUUUAUUGCAUUUGCAUUUCCACCCAUAUUCUUUUGGCUUCACCGAGGCCUUGGUUCUAAGAGUGUAGGAUUCAUCGAUUUUCAUGUUAGAAUUUUUACCUUUGUUAUUUAUUGUCUGCCAAUAGCUCUUACCCUUAUACUCGUUGAUAGUUUCUACUUUGGAUACCUGACAAUAGCUGAGAUAGGUAGCCUGAAAAUAAGUAUGAACAACUUUGUUGUAACACCUCUCAAUUUUAUGAAGUACAACUUAAACAAUAAGAAUCUUGAGAUACAUGGGCUUCAUCCACGUUUGUUACAUUUUAUUAUCAAUGUACCAUUAUUAUUCGGUAUCCUUGGUAUUAUUGGAUUAAUUACAUUUGGAAAAAUGUUGUACAGUGGUUCGAGAGGACAUUGGUUGGAACUACCUCGUAUUCAGAGCAUUACGGGCUUAAUGACGGCAUCUUUUAUUGUGCCGAUAGCAAUGUUAUCGAUUUUCCCACAUCAAGAACCUCGUUUCAUAGUCCCUGUUAUUCUACCGAUAAUUUUUUUAUACUCUUCAAAAUUGUCGGAAUCUCAAGCAACGGAUAUUAUUCAUGCUAGCUGCGAAAAUAGUCAAAGAAAGAGUGCCUUUCAAAGUAGUAGUAUUAAACUCGGAAAGCUGCAAGUGGUAUGGUGUCUUUCUAACGUGAUAUUAACACUUUUCUAUGGUUUUUUCCAUCAGGGUGGUGUUUUGCCAUUAACGUCGCAUUUUGCAAACGAAUUAAGAGCAAAGCCCCAUCUUACUCACGUUCACUUGUAUACAUCUUAUACUUAUUCAAUACCGACUGCCCUUUUACAAUUAAGAAACACUCGUAAAACGUAUAUGUCUAGUGCUAAACAUAAAUAUCAGUUGACCAAAGACUUUUAUUUGUACGAGGAAGGCUCAAAAAACGUCGUAGAAGUACAAGAUAGUAUAGCGUACAAGCUUCAAGAAUGCGAAGAAAGGUUUAAAACAAUGAAACUACCAUAUAGGCUCUAUUAUGCUAUUCCUGCAACUCUACUAGCAGAAUUUGCAGCUUAUAACACUAGAAACAAUUCUCAAUUUUUAAAUUAUCGUGUUGUCAAAACAUUUUAUCCUCACGUGACAACGGAAAAAUUGCCAUUAAUAUUUAAUAAUGAAUUUUCAUUUUUAGAAAUAGCUAAUUCAGUUUCACAAAAUACCCUACAUGGCUUCUUUAAUUUGGUAGAUCAAUUUGGAUUAGCUUUAUUGAGAAUUGAAACUGUAUCUACAAGAUAACAGAGAAUUGUACAUAUACUCGAUGAAGCAAGAAUGUGACGCAUGAAAAAUAAAAAUUUCAAUAAUUAUCAAAUUAAUUUGGUGCGAUAAAAGGUGCAUUCAGCGGCAUUCUUGCUUAAUCUCGAAAAUUUGUAAUACCCAAGUAAGGGCUUAACUUCAAAUUAAAUAAAGCCACAAGAUCUACUGGAUUUUGUAAUACUAUUGAAGUUAUUGUAUAAAAAUAAUAGUGUAAGUACGGUUGGAUAUUUGUACACAAGAUCUCUUGUAGAGUUCAUAAGCCCUUAAUUAUGAAAUAUUAAUUUAUGUACGCUUAUUUUAAAAAUUGAAUUGAAGGUUAAGACAGAAAAAAAUAAGCAGCAAUUUAUGUAGAAAACAGUGGUUUACUAUAGUAGUACAUUUUUAUUUAAUGACGCUCGCGAUUGUGAUAAUUAACAUUUUUUAAUCAUGUUAAUUACUGAAGUAUUGUCAUGCGUGACAUUACAUGAAAAAUUAAUUUUUAAUUCAUUUACCACCAAUGCUCUUGCAAUAAACAUAUUCUAAUACGGAAA